CUCUGUUUCUCUCUCUCUCUCUCUCUCUCUCUCUCUCUCACUCACUCUCUCACUGCAAUGUAGGUCGCCGGAGAAUGGCAAACUGUCACCGGAACAACGUCGGAUCUCUCGUACUCGACAACCACCACACUACCAAGACCACCACCGUUGGCAGUCACUUCCGCAUAUGGAACUCUCUGUCCGCCGCCACCAUUCGCCGCAUCAUUUUCGACUCCGUCAGCUGCGGUGCCAGCUCCCGUUACAACCACCGUCGCCGCGACGCUGACGAAUUCGCCUCUGCCUCCUCGACGGCGAGAUCGGACUCUUUCUCCUCCGACGAGAAGCGUCAACAACAGCAGCAGAAACACGAGCAUAGGUCGAGGCAGAAUGCGGGGUCGGAGAAGCUAUCGGAUCUCCUGAACAUGGCGGAGUUUGAAGCGGAAGCGGAAACGAAGAAGAAGGAGGAGGCGCUGGAGGAGCUGAAGCAGCUGGUGAAGGAGUUGCAGCAGGGAGAGGAUUUGGCGAAGCGGCGAGCGGCUGCGGCCACCGUGAGGCUUCUCGCUAAGGAGGAUUUGGAAGUUAGAGGAACGCUCGCAAUGCUUGGAGCGAUUCCUCCUCUCGUCGCAAUGCUCGAUUCCGAAGACAUUGAUUCUCAUAUCGCUUCGCUCUAUGCGUUGCUCAAUCUCGGAAUCGGAAAUGAUGCUAAUAAAGCAGCCAUUGUCAAAGUUGGCUCUGUUCACAAGAUGCUCGAGCUCAUUGAAUCUCCAGAUGGUUUAGAUUCGUCGGUCUCUGAAGCAGUUGUUGCAAAUUUCCUUGGAUUAAGUGCUUUGGAUUCGAACAAGCCAAUAAUUGGAUCAUCGGCUGCUAUUCCAUUCCUUGUUAGUACCCUUCUGAGUUUAGAUAAUAAAAGUAGCCCCCAAGCCCAGCAAGAUGCUCUCCGAGCACUGUACAAUCUUUCAAUUUUCCCAGCCAAUAUUCCAUUCAUUUUGGAAACCGAUUUGGUCCCAUUCCUGAUAAACUUAAUAGGAGACAUGGAAGUAACUGAAAGAACCCUCUCAAUCCUUAGCAAUUUGGUAUCAAUUCGAGAGGGUAGAAAAGCUAUCAGUGCUGUCCCUGAUGCUUUCCCUAUCCUGGUGGAUGUAUUGAAUUGGACAGAUUCACCACAAUGCCAGGAAAAGACAUCUUACAUUUUGAUGGUCAUGGCACACAAAUCCUAUGGUGACAAGCAGGCCAUGAUAGAGGCAGGGAUUAUGUCAUCACUGCUUGAGUUGUCGCUUCUGGGUACCACAUUGGCUCAGAAAAGGGCCUCGAGGAUAUUGGAAUGUUUGAGGACAGACAAAGGGAAGCAGGUUUCUGGGAGCUAUGCAACUGUUUCUGCUCCUAUUUGUGGCUCUUCAUCAUCUUGUCCAAAGCCAGAUGGAGGAGGAAAAGAGUGUUUGGAGGAGGAGGAAGAAAUGAUGAGUGAAGAGAAGAAAGCAGUGAAGCAAUUAGUCCAGCAGAGUUUGCAAAACAACAUGAGGAAAAUUGUAAAGAGGGCCAACUUGCCUCAAGAUAUAGUUCCAUCCGAUCAUUUUAAGUCACUCACUUCAAGUUCGACUUCAAAGAGCCUGCCAUUUUGAAUAAUUGCUGAUGUGAAGAGAGUCGAAGUUGAACAGAAUAAACCAUUCGCAGAUCCAAAUGGCAUGGAAGGAUUACAACUUAGAUCUGGUUGGGGUGGAGAGCUGAGCUGUACGUCGCAAAUUAGUAUCAAGGGCAUUUUGUCUCCACUAUGUAAAUGUCCCUUAUGGGGUAC